UUGACCGCCCUGUUGCUAUCGUGGUGCCAACCGAUUGAUCGACCAACAAGCACUACAGAAAACAAACACUUAGCACUCAACACUCACUGGAUCAACUUCAACUUACAAUUUUCCCGCCAACACCACAUCCAGACUUCCUCCGAGAGCGAGAGCAGACCCACCUAAGAGGUCGCAACAGAGAACAGCCACGAAACUUCGCGAGAGGGAACGAAAAGGCCGGCAGCCAUGGUCCGCAACAUCGUCCUCCUCGCGGGCACGUCGCACCCGCGCUUCGUGGCCGACGUCGCCGCCAUGCUCGGCGUGUCGCCGGCGAGCUGCGUGCUGUCCAAGUUUUCCUGCGGCGAGACGCGCUGCGAGAUCCGAGACUCGGUGCGCGGCAAGGAUGUGUAUAUCGUGCAGUCCUUUGGGGUCGGGCCCGCGGGCGUCGACGGCGAUGCUGAUGCUGGUGGUGCUGAGGGCGGUGGGAGCGGGAGAGGUGAAGUCGAUGGGGAUGGUGAGGUUGCAGGGGUGAAAGAGGCGGAGAGAGAGCGAGAGAAGGCAGCGCGGCAUACGGUCAACGACUACUUCGUCGAACUGUGCAUCAUGAUCUCGGCGUGCAAGACGGGCAGCGCGAAGAGAGUAACCGCGGUGUUGCCCCUGUUUCCGUACUCGCGGCAGCCGGAUCUGCCGUUUUCCAAGGCUGGGGCCCCGUUGGUUGGGCUGUCGCGCGGGAUUGGAAAGGGUGAGGCCGAUGGCGGAGGUGAUGGGGGCGGCGGAAAAGCGAAGCCGGUCGAGUACACGUUUGAGAGCGUCCCUGUGACCCCGGGUCCGAAUAUCCCCCAGACGGUUGGGCUGAGGAGUCCCGAGUUGGAUGUCGUGGAGAUGAUGAGAGGCGCUUCGCUGGAGAAGGAGGGGGAUGUGACAUGGAGGAAAGCGAGCAGCAGCGGAUGGGGCUCGCCUACACUGCCGCCGCAGGACAAGCAGACUGGCAACUACACCACGCACGACUACGAGAACCCGUCGCUGAUGAUGGCGCUGCAGGCGAAAUCGGGGCACAAGCAGUUCAUGGCGCAGGCUGGGUCGCUCAUGGCGGACUUGCUGACCUGCGCUGGGGCGGACCGCAUCCUGACCUGCGACCUUCACGAGAGUUCUUAUCAGGGCUUCUUCGACAUUCCGGUCGACAACCUCUACGCCCGGCCGCUGCUGAAACGCUACAUCCAGCACCACAUCCCCAACUACCGCGACGCGGUCAUCGUCAGUCCGGAUGCGGGUGGCGCCAAGCGUGCCACGGCGAUAGCCGACAGCCUUGGGCUGGCUUUUGCCCUCAUCCACAAAGGUAUUGCUUAUUUGCUCUUCUCCCUCCUGCUAACCAUCGUACCGAAGCUAAUCAGGACAAUCACCCCGUCGCAGAACGCCGUCCGCCGAAGAUCUCGGAAACCCCCAAAGCAACCAUGAUGCUAGUCGG